AUGGUCUUCCCCGGCGCCCUCAGCAGGGGCUGCGACCGUUGCAGGAAGCGAAAGAUCAAGUGCGAUGGAAGACGUCCAGGAUGCAGACGCUGUGAGCUAUACAAAGCCUCAUGCCCUGGCUAUGAUCGCCCACUAGCGUUCCGAUUCCACGGAGAGCCUGGUCAAAGUCUUGUCCGUGGUGAGCCCAUUGCCCGUCGUAAAUCUGCGCAGACCCUCGUCUUGAGCAAGGGGUCAAGUCAUGGGCUCACUCCCACAAGGUUCACCAGCAUAGUGGUUGCUCGACAACCCCAGCCCUCAUUCGAGGAUGAGUCCCUUGCCUUCUUCCUGCACGAGUACUGCGUGCAUCCGGCGCCAGGCGUCAUUUUGGGCCAUAUGGAAUUUCUCGAGGGCAUGUACAGGGACUCGAGCCGAUCCUCGUGUAUACGUCCGGCCACUCUGGCUAUAGCUUACAUGGCACUUUCCCGGCACUACAAGUCCUCAACGCUGUAUGUUGCGGCGCGAGGCCACUAUGGAGCUGCCUUACGUACUGUCAAUAGAGAUCUUUCUGUAUCAAAACGGCCCCUGAAAGACGAGACCUUGGCGUCGUUGAUGCUCAUGGGUAUGAUUGAGGAUAUUGAGUGCCAAGGGCAAACAACAAAAGCCGUGCACAUGGCAGGUAUUUCCAAGCUCUUCGAUCUUGUUGGCCAUCGGGUUCUCACCAAGGUUGACGGGUCUUCGCUCCAUUCGUGGAUCUUCACGCAAUUGCAACUCCCUUCCCUCGUGUCCAAGGAAAGUAUGCAAUGCCUAGACAUUCCUGACACACAACUGGAUACCAAAAGGCAUGUCGUACGCUUGGCACUGGUGGUGACUCGCAUUGGGCAGUUUUACAGAGCCUCCAAGCAAAUCACAGCUCCCGAUUCAGCAUUGACACCAAUUGUGCAGCAAGCUCAGCUCGUGUCGCUCAUCAAACAAGCCUUGGCAAUCGCAGGGGAGCUAGCCAUGAUCCAAAAAGACGCCAUGCCCACGAAACUCAGACCACAAGAAACGACGGACAAACGGCCCAAGAACCCAGCCAAUCAGUCUCUCAUCAGUUUCGAUUCACGAUGGACUGCUUCUAGGUGGAGUCAGUUUGCUUUGUACUUAAUUCUCUUCUUUACGAGACUAUCCAAGUGCUCGGACGCCCUGUUGCAGCUGGAAACUAUAGGUGAUGAGGAGACACAAUUGGCCCGGACCGCCGGGGCCAUCUCCGUAGGGCAGAUCAAGACCAUGAUCCAUAAGCUUUGCAGUGCCCUGCCUUAUUUGAUGGGUGAGGUCGACAAGCAGGGGCAGCCUCUCUCGGUGCCGGAACGGCAAAGCGUUAUCAUGUACCAUCUCAUUUGGCCGCUCUCUGCCGUCAUUGUGAGUCCCCAUAGCACCCCAGAGCAAGUGGAGGACGGGCAAACGAAGCUGAACGACAUUCGGGAUAUGUACGGCAUCAGGCUCGCUUAUUUUGCCCCAGGUUUAGUGAGGGAUUUGAUGGCUUAG